AUGACUGAAGCGAAUGACAUAUUCCUCAAAUCAUCCUCAGUUCAAAUACACUCUAGCCCCAAACCAUCCUCAGUUACAAAACACCAGAGCCUCAAACCAUCCUCAGAUCCAGUACACCCUAACCUCAAACCAUCCUCAGAUCCAGUACACCCUAACCUCAAACCAUCCUCAGAUCCAGUACACCCUAACCUCAAACCGUCCUCAGUUCCAAUACACUCUAACCUCAAACCAUCCUCAGAUCCAAUCCAGUACACCCUAACCUCAAAGCCAUCCUCAGAUCCAAUACACCCUAACCUCAAACCAUCCUCAGAUCCAGUACACCCUAGCCUCAAACCAUCCUCAGAUCCAGUACACCCUAGCCUCAAACCAUCCUCAAUUCCAGUACACCCUAGCCUCAAACCAUCCUCAGAUCCAGUACACCCUAGCCUCAAACCAUCCUCAGAUCCAGUACACCCUAACCUCAAACCAUCCUCAGAUCCAAUACACCCUAACCUCAAACCAUCCUCAGAUCCAGUACACCCUAGCCUCAAACCAUCCUCAGAUCCAGAUAACCUCAAACCAUCCUCAGAUCAAAUACACCCUAACCUCAAACCAUCCUCAAUUCCAAUACACCCUAGCCUCAAACCAUCCUCAGAUCCAGUACACCCUAGCCUCAAACCAUUACCAGUUCCAAGACACCAUAUCCUCUAA